AUGAAAGGGAUAUCUGUGCAGACAGUAAAUGACACUGUUGCAGGCAUAAUAUUCCUCGGUGUUCGAAGAUACAUGCAAGAAACUGACAUAGAAUCCAGCAAUUCGCAAUCAACAGCAUUGGUGCUUCUCAACACAAGGAACGUUGGAGGUUAUAUGUCAGUAGAGGAAAUGGAAAAAACACAUUCAUGGGGGAACCAAUUUGCAUUUUUGCAUAUAAUGAUGCCUGAAUUAAUCAACGAUAAAAACUCCAACAUUCUGGAUUUUAUCUAUAAAGCACAUAACCAAAUCAUGAGGCUCAGGAAUUCACCAGCAGUCUAUCUCACCGCUCAGUGCCUAGAGCUUAUAAGGAAAUGCAGAGGACCUGAGGCAGUAGCUGAACUCGUCCAUAGUACACUGAAUAAAUCAAGCAUGGCAAUAACAAACAUGAUAGGUCCAGUUGAACAAGUGACGUUGGCUGAUCAUCAAAUAAAAGGCAUGUACUUCAUGGUUGUGGGCAGCCCUCAGAGCCUGGUAAUAACAAUUAUGAGUUAUGCACAAACUUUGAGGAUUGGAAUAGGAGCUGAAAAGGGCUUCAUAGAUUCACAGAGGUUGAACUCGUGCAUCAAGAAUGCGUUCAACUUAGUAUCAGAGGCAGCUACAAAGACCGGAUAA